AUGAGCAGUGGUUUGGAAGAGGCCUUCGUACCUUCGCCGCAGCAGAAGCAACUCACGAGUACAUCUUUGCAAGAAGGAAGACCCAGUGUGGCAGACCUUCGCCGGUCCUUUGAACAGACAAACACUGGUACACAAAGAAACGCUCACUCAUUCGAGACUCCGAGAUACCGCCUGGACAGGCGAUCCAUUUCCAUUCGUCAUGCAGCUGGGAACAGUGUAGACCGCAAUUCACGUGAACGGAAAGAUGUAGAAACCGAAGUUUUCAAGACUCCGUCGGCACAUAGAACCAAUAAGCUCGAGGCUCCGCCAGGCUCUGGGGAGAAACUUGGCGAACUGAAACCUAGAAAUACAGGCUUGACAUUACCAGGACAGAUUCCUGACGGCGAAUCAAUCCCAACCUCGGCCAUACGUACACCGCCCUCGCUUCCCGUAAGCAAAAGCUCUCGUUCUCAUCAUGAGAUGAUGAAAUCCAGGACAUUGGGAACCCCCAAAACUCUACCAGCCAAGUUUUAUACCGUCGCUGAUGAUGUCAAGCGCCGAUUGCCACCCAAAAUUGACGUCCACGCUUCUGGGAUCGAAAAGGGUGAGAAGUAUAGUCACUCAAGCCCAUAUCACCCCUUGCUUCUUUGUAACUCGGAUAAACAAGAUCGAGUGAAGACAAAUGGCGCACAACGGGAUCUAAAUCUUAUUUUUGUGUCGAAGUCAAGCCAGCUUAUCCCUUUGCGCCGAAGUAUUGACUUUGGAACCCAGACAGACCUGUCCUUUCCGCCGGAGACGUGUUCUGCAUCGCACAACUUCAUCGAGCAUCCUGUCGAGCCCCCUUUCGACGAAGACAUCAACACCGCCCGCACUUACCACCAAAAUCAGUACGAACGAUUUCUCAUGCGACUUCUUGAACGAGAAGAAAUAUCCUGUAGUACAGGAAGCAACUCGGUCGUCCACGAAGUUGAAGCGCCUGUGCCGACUGCACCCACGGCCGUAGAAUCUCACCACCCUAUCCGUAGAGUGUGGCGACGCAUCUCGAGCUCUUUCGCACAGUCACUCGAAGGUGGUCAUGAGAAUAGCCACUAUCGCUCCUCUUACCAGGAAUCUUCCACAAGUUUUGAUCAUAGCCGCUCGCCACAUCAGCGCUCAUUGUUCCCUCUUCUCCCCGCGCGCAAGAGUUUUGCUUUCAUGCAGCGUUUCUCAAGCAAUGGCACACACAAUCUGUUUGGACUCGACGGCGCAAAUCAGUCUGUCCCGGAUGCCGAUAUCUUUAUGAACCCCGAUGCAGCUCAUGGCACGACGAACCUGGCGCGGCAUCCAAGUCACACAAGCACGACAAGCCACAAUACGUCGCUUCCUGCGCAAGACGAGCUUCGUAGGCUGGCGCAGCGUGAUGCUUUCCGGGACAAGCAGACACAGAAGAAACGGGACAAGGAACUGGCCAAGCACGAACGAAGGGAACGACGGAAAGAGAGGCGAUUAGCCAAGCAGGCCGGUAAGCAGACGAGACGAACAGUCUCCAGAGCAGGCUCGACUGCAGAGGCAGAGACAUCAAGCACAAAAGAGCGAGCUUGGGGCCAACAGACAGCCAGUGGUUUCAUGGUGCGUCAAGCUCGCUUGGGGUCCGAUGAGCUGCAAUCACCGAAACCAUAUCGGCCUGGCCAGGUCAAGAAGAUUGUGAACAUGUACAAGGAGAAGAGCAACAGUUUGUUGAGGAUUGCGAGUGGCCACUGGGGCAAUAGCACGGAGCAAGUGAAGGGCAAGGGAAAGGAGAAAGACGAACGCACUUUGUAUUAA